AUGGCAUCGACAGGGCAAGGCGGGGUCGACCAACCCGCCCGCAUCUCCGAGGCCGGCGAGAGGUCGACCAAGGUCGAGGGACGCUUCAUCGAAAACCUCUCGACCGACGUAUCGCGCGCCUCGGCCGACGACUCGGACGGCAGUUACGAAAUGGUCGACGCCGCCGACGCCGUCCCGCCGCCCAGGAGAUCCGGGUCGCGAGGCAAGAUGGCCGGGGUACCGCCCUCGACUCGCAAGAGGAACGCCGCGGCGACGACGACGGCGACGGCCAGGAAGAGCGCAGAGCUGCUCAAGGUGCCCACCGACGAUCGCCGCCAUGGACCGAUGUCGGACCGCGGUGGACGGGAUCUGUUCGCUGGGGAUCCCGAAAAGGCGCCGCAGAAGAGCGCCUUUGACGCCGACGCCGAUGACCUCGACCCGGGCGACGGCAACCACGACGACGACGACGGCGAGGAGCUGCAUCCGCUGCUGGCCAGAAUCUACCCGCUGAGCCACUUUAUCGGCUUCCGACCGCGCUCCUACUCGCACUGGCCGGACGGCUUCCGCUUCGACGCGGGCCAUCGGCGCUUCAACCGCUUCCACUAUACCGCCGGGCGCAUCCUCAGCUUUGGGCUGCCGCCGCUCGGCCACACGGGCAACGCCGACCACUACCGCGACGCAUCGACGGGCCGCCUCAACCUGGCGCGCAUGUACACCGAGGGCAUGCUGGCCAAGCUCAUCGAGGCGCUCCACUCGGUCGUGGCCGUGUGGACCCUCAUGGUGCUGCUGGCCUUUAUGAGCCGCGGGCCCCUCCUGCGCGCCCACGACGCGCCCCUCAUUCUCGCCCCCUUUGGCGCCGAGGCCGUCAUCACCUUUGUCGCCUACCGCGUCGAGCUGGCCCAGCCCAAAAACAUCCUCUUUGGCAACGCCGUCGCCGCCGUGCUCAGCGUCGCCCUGACAAAGGCCUUUGACCGCCUCCGCUUUAACCCGGGCGACGUCUACGGCGAGGCGUGGAUCGCCGCCGCCACCAUCCCCGCCGCCGUCGUCUUUGUCAUGGUGCUCCUCGGCAUCACCCACCCGCCCGGCGGCGCACUGGCCGUCCUCGUGACGACGGUGCCGUCCAUCUACGACCUCGACUGGUACCUCGUCCCCGUCGUCGUCUUUAGCACCCUCAUCGUCCUCGGCUGGGCCCUCAUCAUCAACAACCUCGGCGCCAGGCGAUACCCGGGCAACUUUUUCUACCACCAGGCCUUUCGCCAGCCCCCCAUGCUCGGUCCAGAGGGCUUCAGGUACCACGAUGCGCCGUAUGCGCCCAGAAGGAGGGGGAGGGGGGCGACGAAGAAGGCAUCGCAUUCGGGCGGUGCGGAAAAGAGCGCCUUUCCGCUAUCCGGCAGGGCAACCAGGGCGACGGCGGCGGCGGCGGCGGGGGAUGCCGGCAAGGUGCGCUCCCGGCCGAGCAUCUCGAGCCCCAUGCCCACCGAGACGGGCAGGGUCACGCCGAGCGGCUGGCCAGAGACGCAACGCACCGCCCCUGCCCCGCCGCCACCAAGCGCGGCACCGCCGUCGCAAGCAGCGGCAGCCACAUCCGUCCCUGCGCCCGUCGAGUCGUCGUCGUCGUCGUCGCAGCCGGCCCAAGAGAAGCCGGUACCCGUCGUCGCUGCCGUCGCUGCGAAUAGCGAGGCGACCCAAGCGCCCGCAGCCUCAGCCUCAGCCUCGGAACCCUCGACCGCCUUCGUAUCCCCCUCUGCCGAAACGUCGCAGCAGACGGUCCAAACGGACGCGAGAAAGACCGACGCGGACCCGAAACCUGUCCAACCCACAGCAGUCGUCGAAGAUGCUGCCGCGACGACGGAGACGACGACGACGACGACCGAGGCGGCGCCUUCUUCGGACCCGUCCCCUCAGGCGGUAGGAGCCGCCGAGUCUCUGGCGAGGAACGCGUCAAUGGCGAGCGGGACCAGCAGCCGCGGCGGGAGGAGGGGCAAGCGGACGGUCCAGGUGCACUACAACCAGCCGCGCGUCGGGAGCGGCAAGGGCGGCGCCGAGGCGUCGUCGCUCCCCGCCGUGCAGUGGCGAUAG